CACGACUAUAUGCCUUUCCUAGGAUUUUUUCCAUCAUCGGGGGGAGGGGGGUGGGGGUAAUUAAUGGGAUGAUUUGGGAGUUUUGCAAUUGUCGUUUUGUUUUUUGUUCUUGUUUUUCUUUUUCUUUUUCGGUAUUUUGAUUUUACUUUACGAUGUACUGGGGGGACAAAACGGCGUGGAUGGACUCGAGGAAUUAACUAGACUGGGCUGGACUGCACGGCAUGCUUUGGCUUUGGAGAAGCUCUGUGGUUUUUUUUCUUCUUAUCUUUCUUUUCUUUGAAAAUGUUUGUUGCUCUUGCUUUUGCUUUUGCUUUUGGGACGGUUUACGCUGGGGGUUACGCUGGGGGUUACGCUGGGGUUUACGGUGCGGAUUUCAUCAUAUACUGGAGGGAGGUGUUACGGGAGCUUUCAGGGACUUAUAGCCUUCAGAAACUUUUAGGGGAAUGGGGGGAAUGGAGGGGGUUUAUUGAUUUCUUUUUCUUAUCAUGUUUUUCAAGAUUCUGAUAUACCUUGGGUUUCCUUUUUUUUCCUACUAUUUUUGUUAUUCGGUGGUCGGUGGUCCUCUGUAUUCUACUUUCUACUCUACUUAGAUACGGCUCUUUAGUUAGAGGUUGGCGCGGUUUGAUUUUGUUUUGUUUUGGUUUGGUUUGUUCGAGAUGGGGAUUUAAGCAAUUGACUGGACUAGACUAGACUACUAUACUGUACCGUAAUACCUAGCAUUGGACUCGGA